AUGCCAUCCUCAAUCACCCUUACCGUCGCACACCUCCCAACCUCGACAUCAUUCUUUCUCUCGGCCCUCCAACCGCUCAACUAUGUCUUCCGAGGCCGACAAGACCAGACCGUCGGCUUUGGCCCGGCCGUCCCGGCGUCCGCACCGGCCGAUUUCUGGAUCACCCAGGAAAUCCCCGGCGUGCCCGCGGGCGCCGCCCACGUCGCGUUUCCCGCCGCAUCACGGGCCCAGGUCGAGGAAUUUUUCGUCGCUGCACUGAAAGCAGGUUCAAAAAUCCAUGGAGAACCCAGCCAGCGGGAUGCCAGUGGAUAUUUCUCGGCUGCGGUGAUUGAUUUUGAUGGGAAUAGUAUCGAGGCGGUCUAUAGGCCGGCGAGUACGACUACUGGGGAUAAUAACGAUGGCGGCAGAAGUGGAAGUGUUGUUAGUAGGAGGAGCAGCACCAAAGCUCCCCCUUCGACAAUUGUCUCUGUGACGAAAAGCAGAGCAUCAGCAGCAGCAGCAGCUUCCGGGUCGGCGGGGAAGGGGAGUGAUGGGAAAAGUGUACUCACUGUGGCCAACAAAGCCAAAGGUCCUGCUUCAACGGUGGUCUCUUCUGCUUCUCGUGCAAGAAGCAAAGCAGCAGCAGCAGCACCGCCUUCGGUGGCGUCUCAGGCACGCAGUGUGACUGCCCCUGCUACGGCUUUUUAUGACGGCCCAAUUGCAUUUGGCUUGCCGACAGAGGUACCAGGACCGACACAGAUGCAGAUGCAGAUGUCAUCAUUAGCUGAACCAGUGAACGUUGGAGGUGGUGGUGUUGGAGGUUCAGGUUCAGGAGGCGGAGGAGGAGAUGUAUUGAACGCCCUGAUCAACGAAGCACGCACCGCGGCCAGUGUCGCGAGAGAUCUGGUCAACAGUGUCAAACCGCAUCUCAACAAUCAAGAAUCUGCUGCUGGACUGGUGACGACAGACCAAGCUGCUGGUGGCGGUGGUGGAGCAGGGAACAACAACAGCAACAACAAUGGCAACGGAGCUGGCGAAGCGAUUGUCGGAACACUUCUCGGAGUUGCUGCCGGUGCCGCGUUACAUUACGCCUUUAGCAAUCGAUCUAAAGAAAACGGGGCCCUCCACCAUCAAGACCAGGGUCAGACUGGUCUUGAUGGUGGAGGGCUAGGGGGAUCUGCUCUACAACGUCCGUCUGUUAUAGGGCGCAACGUUACUGAUGCGACUCCGUUGCCUUUGCGGACUGAAUAUGCUUAUGAAUAUGCGGCUUCGAGCAAUGGCGAUGGGCGUGGCGUGUAUCCUUAUAAUAACCAGUACUAUUAUACUGGCGAAGAGGAGAGUCAGGGUCAUGCACCACAACGUCUGAUUACGAUGCAUGACAACACGUCGCAUCUCAGCCUGCCGGCUCCUGGGCCCGCUUCGCGAGCGGGCUCGAAGAACGUGAAGUCUGCAACUGGGUCUGCUGUCGGAUCUGAAGCGACUACCGUCCGACCUGUACCGGUACCAGUACAGGUACCGCAAUCACAUGCCAGUGCCUCGAAAGCAGCAUCGUCUUGGUCACAGUUGUCCGCCACAUCCAGCAAGAAGAGCAGCAGUACCAGCAACAUGAGCGUGAAAAUGAAGAUGGCUCCGCCCACGAGUUAUAGGGCCCCGACGGUCCUGACUGCGGCCGAGACAGGACUCCCAGGAGGAGGAGUGGCGGCGUCCGCUGCGGGAUCUCAUCCGUCUUGUUCGAGAUCUUCCCACUCCAGAUCAAGAUCGCGCGCCACAUCUGUCGGAGGGACGAAGCCGGGGUCGUCGACGAGACAUUCAUCGCAUGCGCGCUCUCGAUCACAGUCACAGUCUGGUAGCCACGCUUCGACUAUCAAGCCGGUUCCGAUGGCUGCGUCCACAACAAGUACCUCGAGAAGAAGUCGCCGCGACCAAUUCGAGGAUGACAGGAAGACAAUCGUUCAUGUCCCUGAGCAGACUACGAGUAGUCAUGUCGGCGAAAGUCAUCAUUCUACUACUAGCAAAGUAUCUCACCGUGAACCACACCAGUACCCUCUGCCGCCGUCGCGGGCCGCGACGUGGGCUGGAUCCGAUCACGGUGCGGCAAGUCGUGGUGGAGGGGGAGGAGGAGGAGGAGGAUAUGGUGGCAGUGGCAGUCUCAUGUCUUCGACGGGCCGUGUUUUGCCUGGCCACCCUGUCUCUGCGCCACGGACCAUUAUUGGGAAACUGAAUCCUUUGCACCGUAACAGCGGUGGUGGCGGUGGUGGCGGUGGUGGUGGUGCUGCGAAACAAAAUGAUACCGUGUCGGUGGUAUCGAAGCAGAAGGAUCUCGAGGACCUUGAUGUCACGGAUCGUGAGGUCAGACCUGAGGAUAGUGUGAGUCAGUUCUCGGUGGGGAGUAAGGGUAGUCGUAGGAGUAAGAGGAGUGGGACUAGUCGGAGGUAA